ACUGGCUCCCAGAAGUGACUCACUGCUGUGUUCAGCCUGACCGGAGGGCUCCCAGGCUUCAGAGCUGGUUUACGGGUGGUGAAAUUCCGCCGCACAGGGGAGAGCGCUCGGUCAGAGGACGACGCAGCUUCCGGAGAGCAUGACAUCCAGAUCGAGGGGGUCCGAGUGGGCCUAGAAGCCAUUGAGCUGGAUGAUGGAGCCGCUGUCCCCAAGGAGUUUGCCAAUCCCACUGAUGACACUUUCAUGGUGGAAGAUGCGGUGGAAGCCAUUGGGUUUGGAAGAUUUCAGUGGAAGCUCUCUGUUCUCACGGGCUUGGCUUGGAUGGCAGAUGCCAUGGAGAUGAUGAUUCUGAGCAUCCUGGCUCCUCAGCUGCACUGCGAGUGGCGACUCCCCAGCUGGCAGGUGGCGCUGCUCACUUCGGUGGUCUUCAUCGGCAUGAUGUCCAGUUCCACGCUCUGGGGAAACAUCUCGGAUCAGUAUGGCAGGAAAACAGGGCUGAAGAUCAGCGUGCUCUGGACCCUGUACUACGGCAUCCUCAGCGCCUUCGCGCCUGUGUAUAGCUGGAUCCUGGUGCUCCGAGGCCUGGUGGGCUUUGGGAUUGGAGGGGUGCCCCAGUCGGUGACGCUGUAUGCCGAGUUCCUUCCCAUGAAGGCCAGAGCCAAGUGCAUUUUGCUGAUUGAGGUCUUCUGGGCCAUCGGGACCGUGUUCGAGGUGCUUCUGGCUGUGUUUGUGAUGCCCAGCCUGGGCUGGCGCUGGCUGCUCCUGCUCUCGGCCGCUCCACUACUACUCUUUGCUGUUCUGUGCUUCUGGCUGCCAGAGAGUGCUAGGUACGAUGUGCUGUCCGGGAACCAGGAAAAGGCCAUCGCUACUUUAAAGAGGAUUGCAACAGAAAAUGGAGCCCCCAUGCCUCUGGGGAAGCUUAUCAUCUCCAGACAGGAAGACCGAGGCAAAAUGAGGGACCUUUUCACACCCCACUUUCGUUGGACAACUCUGCUGCUGUGGUUUAUAUGGUUCUCCAAUGCCUUCUCUUACUACGGCUUGGUUCUGCUCACCACGGAACUCUUCCAGGCAGGAGAUGUCUGCAGCAUCUCUAGCCGGAAGAAGGCAGUGGAAGCCAAAUGCAGCUUGGCCUGUGAGUACCUGAGCAAAGAGGAUUAUAUGGACCUGCUGUGGACCACCCUGUCCGAGUUCCCAGGUGUCCUUGUGACUCUGUGGGUCAUCGACCGCCUGGGCCGCAAGAAGACCAUGGCUCUGUGCUUCAUCAUCUUCUCCCUCUGCAGCCUCCUGCUGUUCAUCUGCAUUGGAAGAAAUGUGCUAACCCUCUUACUGUUCAUCGCGAGAGCGUUUAUUUCUGGAGGCUUCCAAGCAGCCUAUGUUUACACGCCUGAGGUGUAUCCCACGGCGACGAGGGCGCUGGGCUUGGGCACCUGCAGCGGCAUGGCGAGAGUGGGCGCUCUCAUUACUCCGUUCAUAGCUCAGGUGAUGCUGGAAUCUUCCGUGUACCUGACCCUGGCUGUCUACAGUGGCUGCUGCCUCCUGGCUGGUGUGGCCUCCUGCUUUCUGCCCAUCGAGACCAAAGGCCGAGCACUGCAGGAGUCCAGCCACCGGGAGUGGGGCCAAGAGAUGGUUGGCCGAGGGACAAACAGUGCAGGUGUCCCCAGGUCAGACUCUGGCUCUCAGGAGUAGUGACCCCUGGGAGUUGAGCUUGGAGCCUAGAGAACUGGCAGAGCCCAGCUGGGCCACUUACGGUCACUGCCGACAUCAAGAACUUCCCCACCCCCAACCCCCGAGAGGGCGAUGUGGACGGACAGGGUUUUGUGUCUUCACUGUGUUUGACCAUGUUCAUCAUCGAGGGUCACCCGCCCCGGGAAGAUGGGGCGGCAUUCACUCCAGGGGGUUCUCUGUGGUGGGGGACGGGCUGCACAUCACCGUGGAUCUGCAUGGGGAAGCUGCUAGUGAGGGAGGGUCCCAGGGUGCUCAGGGCCAGCUGAGCAGAUGUCACAUUGCUACCCAGUCAUACCCUUGGAGAGCCACUGCCCAAAGGUCUCCAUAGAUACAGUCUCCGCCCAGACCCCUGGGACGCCCGCCAUUUUGUCCAGUUAUGUUUCUCCUGCACCCUGGCCUCAGGAAUUCUUUGGAAUUAAGGCAAGCUAGCUAGUGUCUGGCUGGAGCAGCUCUUCUGGAGCCUGAGGCUCCCUCACCCCCAUCCCCCGCUGCUACCUUGGCUGGGCCCCUCUAGAUGGCUCUCCACAGCCUGCCAGGUAGAAACUGGCCAAUGAAAGUGCUUUGGAAUUUGAGCCAAGUAGCCCCUGUUGGCCCCUUGUGGAGUCUCUGUCUCUGACUGCAGAGGGUCCAGUGAUAUUUCUGGGGAGAGCUACAUACCUGCCAGGCAGCAGAUGCAGAAAGUUGUUAACCCAUUCCCUGACUUGGAGACUGAGGCCUGGCAGAGGGGAGGCUGAAGCCAGAGUCACUCCUGAAGCAGUUAAGGCCUUUCUGGGCUCCCCGCUCAGCCCUACUAGACGGCGAGUCCCAGUUUACUCAGGCUUCCAGACUUUGCCCUGUGUGGGUGGCAGCAUGGGUUGAGGAGGGAUCUCUAGGGCAAAGCACCACUAAGUCCUGGGACCAGGAACCUGUUGCCCCUGGGUCUGCCUCUGCCUUCUUUCUGUCGAGGGCAAUGCUGGCCCUACAGAGGCAGGUCCUGGGAGUCUGUCCUGGCACAAGGAUCAGGAAAGCCCCGUUCAGAGAGAGGAGGAGGAAGGAUGAGAGGUAGGUAGGUCUGUCUGGGGGCAGUCCACGCAUCCUCCCAGAUUCCGGAACACAUGAGCAGCCUUCUGAAAUUCAGGAAGGAAACUCGCAGGGGGAGGAAGGAGACCGCCAGGCCCCAUUAAAGGCCAGAGGAAACUGGUCACUGCUCAAUGGACACAUUGCAAGGAAGCCAAAUGUGCGCUGCGCUGUUCAUCUCUUAUUAAAACGUUGGUGACGGACAUUACCAUGGGAUUUAAAUCUGGUCACUGGCCAAGGUGCACUAGUGACAGUUUACUUGAAAGUCGACUAACUUGUUCCAUCUAAGGAAGUACUCUGACACAACAUUCUCUCUAGGAGGUUCAAUGGCCCGGCUGGAGGGCAGCAUUGAGUUCAAAGGAGACAACUCUGUUAAUGGAAUAAAGAUACAGUGGCCUCUUCUUCAUGAGGACAGUUUGGUGUCCACGCCCUACCCUGUUCUGAAAGCAACAUUUCUUCUUCUUCUUU